CAGUGGCGAUUGAGGUCUGAGCAGUGUGUGAGGCAAAGUGCUGGGGCUGGUGAGGGCAGAUGUGUGUAUUUACCUUGCAGGGUCUUUUUUGUGCUCUGUGGCUAAAAACUGCAGUAUCUCAGACUAAAUUAUUCUUCUGUUCUGUCUUUUACAAGUCUGUUCUUUCUUAGUACAACUUUCUUGUUAACUGUACUCCAGAAGUGUAUAGCUCUCUGGAUCAUGUGAAUUCAGGUUAUUUGUUUUUCCUGUUGUUGUAGCCUUUAUGCAGAAUUGGUUGUGUAACCAGCAUACUGCUCAACACAGCACACUAACACCUGAAAGCAGCCAAUUCAAGCAGAUUUGAAAUGUAAAAAUGUGAAAGGAGGUUGAAAUGCUUGUGCUCGAUGCCACCUGCGCACGUAAACUCAGACUUUGCCUGCUGAGGUUGUGCGGUGUUGAUACACUCCCCUUCGUGGCCGUUAUGAAAGAGGGAGAGAGCCGGCGUUGCAGAGGGAUCCGCAGCUCUGGCCAUUCAGAAACCCCCCUGGCGGGGCCCCUGUCAGAGCGUGAAUGGUUAUGUAAGGAGUUCUGUUUAGUUCCUGGUCUCUACCCACUGGCUUUACUUAAUCAGCACUUGGACCACAUUCAGUGAAUGAGAGCGCGGUGUUCAGCACCACACUCAGCCAGUCAGUCAGUCAGUCAGCGAGCCGGUUAGCAGCUGAGCAGCGCACAGUACAGAGCAGCGAGCGCGGAGAGAGAACGAGAGAGAGAGAGAGUCUGAGCACGCUUGAGAACCUAACGCAGAGGCGAGCCGCUCAGCGCCGAGGACCGGCUAUCUGGGCACGUCAACUCCCGCCGUGGUGAGAGCGGUCCCGGGUGGAGCAGAGCAGAGAAUUGGGCAGCCCCCCCCCCCCCGAGCCAUGCUGCUGCUGGACGAGUCCGAGUCCUUCUCAGACCAGCCUCAGGGCACCCCUUUCAGUGCAGAGAAUGAAGCCCAGGGAGGGGACAGCUCGGGGUGGCAGUGCACCCCGCCAUCUACCUCACCGUCGGGGGAGCCCCCUUCGCGCCCCUCGUCGCGCCCCCCCUCCCAUCCCGACAGCCACAGUCCCAGCCCCAGCCCCAGCCCAAGCCCCAGUCCCAGCCCCAGCCCCAGCCCCAGUCCUGUACCUCCCGGCAGCACCAAGAAGAGAACCUCCAAGCCCGCCCACAUGAGGAGGAACAUCCGAAAGCUCCUGAGAGAGCACCAAUUGGAGGCAGUAACCAAAGCUGCCCAGCAGGAGGAGCUGGAGAGGCGGAAGCGGCUGGAGCAGCAAAGAAAGGAUUUCCCAGUGCCUCACCUCCCCGAAUUCCCCCCAGGUGUCUUGGGCUCGGGGGAGGUCUCCCAGAGCUCCUCGGCCCAUGUGGCCAAGCAGGAGGUGAUCUGCCUGGACACCAGCAACAGCAGCGCCAGCGCCAGCGAGGACGACACCAAGGGACCGGCGGCCCGCGCCAUCAAGGAUGAUGUCAUCGAGCUCAGUUCUGGGGAGGACGACACUCUCCAGACCAGCCAGUCCAUCGAGGACGACGACGACGACAGGGCCACGCCCGGCACGGAGGAGAGCAGCGGGGCCCACGUCAACGACGCCCUCAACCAGCCCGACGCCCAGGGCCGAGUUCUGGUCAACAUCAACCACCCCGCCAACGAGAAGGACCUCUUCCUCGCCCCGCAGCUGGCUCGCGCGGUCAAGCCGCACCAGAUCGGCGGGAUCCGCUUUCUCUACGAUAACCUGGUGGAGUCUCUGGAGCGCUACGGGAACAGCAGCGGCUUCGGCUGCAUCCUGGCUCACAGCAUGGGCCUGGGCAAGACCCUGCAGGUCAUCUCCUUCAUCGACAUCCUCCUGCGUCACACCGAAGCUCACACUGUGCUGGCCAUCGUCCCUGUGAACACGCUGCAGAACUGGCUGGCGGAGUUCAACCUGUGGCUGCCGGCCCCGGAGGCCCUGCCCCAGGACAACGACCCCAACAACACCGCGCCCCGCCCCUUCAAGGUCCACAUCCUCAACGACGAACACAAGACCACAGCUGCCCGGGCCAAGGUGGUGGGCGACUGGUCGGCGGAGGGCGGGGUGCUGCUCAUGGGGUACGAGAUGUACCGGCUGCUGUCGCUGAAGAAGAGCUUCGUCGCAGGCAGGAAGAAGAAGUCCAAGAAGCCCACGGGCCCCGUCAUCAUCGACCUGGAUGAGGAGGACCGGCAGCAGGAGCUGCUGAAGGGAAUCGAGAAGGCCCUGUCGCGGCCCGGGCCGGACGUCGUGAUCUGCGACGAGGGCCACCGCAUCAAGAACUGCCACGCCAGCACCUCGCAGGCCCUGAAGAACAUCCGGUCGCGGCGGCGCGUGGUGCUCACCGGCUACCCCCUGCAGAACAACCUGAUCGAGUACUGGUGCAUGGUGGACUUCGUCCGGCCGGACUUCCUGGGCACGCGGCAGGAGUUCAGCAACAUGUUCGAGCGGCCCAUCCUGAACGGGCAGUGCAUCGACAGCACGCCGCAGGACGUCCGGCUCAUGCGGUACCGCAGCCACGUCCUGCACAGCCUGCUGGAGGGCUUCGUUCAGAGGCGAGGUCACGAUGUACUGAGAACCCACCUUCCCUCCAAGGAGGAGCAUGUGAUCCUGGUGCGGCUGUCGCCAGUCCAGCGGGCGCUCUACACCCAGUUCAUGACCCGCUUCCGGGAAGCAGGGAACAGCGGCUGGCUGGGCCUCAACCCCCUCAAGGCCUUCUGCGUCUGCUGCAAGAUCUGGAACCACCCGGAUGUCCUGUAUGAAGCUCUGCAGAAGGAGAACCUGGCCAAUGAGCAGGACCUGGACUUGGAUGACAUCACAACCACAGGCAACAACCGCUGCAAUGCGCCCAGUCUGAAGGGCAAGCCCAGCGACUCCGCCAACAGCAAGUUCAUCGCAGGCAUCAAUCUGGGCUCGAUGCAGGAGAGAGCGAACCAAGUCAUCACUUACGAAUGGGCGAAGGAUAUCAUGAGUAACUACCAGACGGGCAUCCUGGAGAACUCGGCCAAAAUGCUGCUGCUCUUCCACCUGAUCGACGAGAGCGUUAGAAAGGGAGACAAGAUCCUGGUGUUCAGUCAGAGCCUGUCCACGCUGUCAGUCAUCGAGGAGUUCCUGGCCAAGAGGCCCAUGCCACCUAUCAGAGGUGCUGAGGGCCCGAGCCAAAACUGGGUCCGCCACUCCAACUACUACCGGCUGGAUGGAAGCACAUCGACCUCGGAGAGAGAACGGCUCAUCAAUCAGUUCAACGACCCCGCGAACAACACCACCUGGGUUUUCCUGCUGUCUACCAGGGCGGGCUGCCUCGGGGUGAACCUGAUCGGAGCGAACCGCGUGGUGGUGUUCGACGCCUCCUGGAACCCCUGUCACGACGCGCAGGCCGUGUGCCGCGUGUACCGCUACGGCCAGAGGAAGGCCUGCCACAUCUACCGCCUGGUGUGUGACUUCACCCUGGAGAAGAAGAUCUACGACCGGCAGAUCUCCAAGCAGGGCAUGUCAGAUCGUGUGGUGGACGACCUGAACCCUGUGCUGAACUUCACACGCAGGGAGGUGGAGUCGCUGCUGCACUUUGUGGAGGAGGAGCCCGACCCGGCCGGGGUGCAGGUGAACUGCCAGAACGAAAUGGAGGACGUCAUCCUGCAGGCCUGUAAUCUCUACCCCCAGCUCAUCACCAAGCACCCCUUCCACCACGAGUCUCUCCUCAUGGACCGAAAGGAGAUGAAGCUCACCAAAGCUGAGAAGAAGGCUGCCAAGAAGAGCUACGAGGACGAGAAGCGGGCGUCUGUGCCCUACACCCGCCCGUCCUACGCCCACUACUACCCCGCCAGUGACCAGAGCCUCACCAACAUCCCCGCGUUCAGCCAGCGCAACUGGCGCCCCCCUCCUCGGCCAGACGAGAAGCCGGUGGCCAGCGUUCGCCCGGUCCAGUCCACGCCCAUUCCCAUGAUGCCUCGGCAGGUACCCCUGGGCCCUGGCGCCUCAUUGGCCAGCUCCAGCACAGGUGUCAACUUCCCCGUCAACUACCUGCAGAAAGCCGGGGUCUUCGUGCAGAAGAUCGUCACGACCACAGACAUUGUGAUUCCCGGAACGAACAGCUCGGCGGACGUCCAGGCACGCAUCAGCGCCGGCGAGAGCAUCCACGUGAUCCGGGGAACCAAGGGGACCUACAUCAGAACGAGCGACGGGCGGAUCUUCGCCAUCCGAGCCGCCGGGAAGUCCCGACCGGGGGAGGAGAGCUCGUCCACGCCCAGAGACACUCAGAGGUCAUCCGCGGAGACCCCCAGCAACGGCAGUAACGGCUGCUCGUCCCCGGACCGCAAGCGCCUUACCCCAGACAGCCUGACCCGCCCCCUCUCCCCGGACGGGCCGGAGAUCCUCAGCGAGCUGCGCAGGUACACGGCGGGGGGGUCGGACCUGGCGGCGGGGGGGCAGGACAGGCCGCCGGACGGCAGCGGGGGCGGCGCCGCCGCCGCCAAGGGCGAGGGGGCGGGGCAGCCCGGCGCCAACACCCCGACCGCCCUGGACCUGCGCGGCACCAAACGCAAGUCCUCCACGCCCUCCUCCGAGGAGCACGCCGCCAAGCCGCCCGCCAAACGGACCUCCAUGCCGCUGCCGCUGCAGGGCCUCCCGCUGAGCGGCGGCUACGGCCUGCCGCCCGUGGGCCUCAGCCCCGCCCUGCUGGGCUCCAUGGGCCACGCCAUGUUCAUGGGCGCCGGCUCGUCGUACUUCCAGCCCCACGGGCAGCUGGGCGACCCGCGGCUCAUGUUCCCCGUCACCCCUGACCCCUUCGGCCUGGGGGGCAGCAGCCUGCCCAGCUCCUCGUCCUCGGGCGCCUCCUCGUCCAGCGCGUCGGUGCCCUCGUCCUCGGGCGCCGCGGCCGCCGGCUCGGCCUCCCUGCCCCCCUUCAUGCUGGGCUCGGGCAUGGCGGGCAUGCUGCCGCCCGGCUUCCCCCUGUCCUACGAGCCCCGAAUGUACCCCGCCUCGCUGCUCCCCGGGGGCCUCCCCGCCACCCCGGGCCCGGCCGGAUCCAGCUUCCUGUCCCACUACUCCUCCCCCAGCCUGCUGGGCGCGGCGCUGCGGCGGGCCAGCGCCCAUGCCGUCGCCGAGAACGGCGGGAGCAGCUCGGACGAUGACGUCAUCGAAGUGACGGGACAGUGAACGCUUAGAGGAGGGAGGACAAGGCCCGGGGGAAUCUGGGGUGGGGGCAGGGUCCAGAUGGGUGAGUAGGGGAGGAGACAGAGUUCUCCACACAUGCAAGCCCAGCCCAUCUCCCUACCUCUGGAGAGACUGAGAGGGGACCCCAUACAGAGACCGGACUGGGAAACAAAUCCUUAUGCUGAAUAUCUUAUUUAAGAUGACGGAAACUGUCACAGGAACUGAGCACGAGAGAGGUUAGAUGAAUCAGUGGACUUACGGAACGUGGGGCUUCCAGUCGCUGCCCUGUACUGGACCAUCACUGACUUAACUGCCAGGUGGGCUUAGACCUGCAGAGACUCCCCCCUGCCUCUAGGGGCACCGUCUACUUGGAGAGUGUCUGGCAGACCAGUGCAGUUGUCUGCUUGAACUGUUUGCAUUUUUCCAGCAGGUGAUUUUAGGUUAGUUAAUUUGCUUGUUUGAUAGUCAUAGUUUAUAGUAGUGCCUGUUGGAAUGGAGGAAAAAUAUCAUUGACCUGAUUGUUUUGAUUAUAAAUAUUCUUAUUAUUGCUACUAUUAAUAAGAUUUUAUAAAUGGUCAUAAUCAUAAAAUUGCCCAGAGGGUUAAAAAGAAAAAUGCUUUGUCCUUUAAAAUGCAGACGGGGCAUUUUCCUUUAGGGAGUGGUGGGAAGUGGUGACAGAAAAGAAAAGGUUGGCUUCUUGUGGUUGAGAAAUAAGCUGUGCUCCAGGUUAGUUACAAGAGAGGGGAAAAAAAACAACCGAGACAAAAAAGAAAGACUAAAAACCUUAAACUAAAAAAGAAUGUAUUUUCAUUUCAGCCUUUAAUGAUAAAUCUUGGGCGUGGGGCAUCGGCCCUGGCAUUAUUUUUGGGAAAUAUAUUUUGUUUUGUUGUUGUUAUCGAUAUUUUGAAACGGAUUGCCUGCACGUUACAGUGCACAGGGGCAGGUAACUGCCGCCAGUACAGCAGGAGUAGCUCACACUGUCCAAAGGGCAGCGAUUCCAAUUGCCUUGCCUCCAUCUCACAGAAUGUCCACCAGUUCAUGGGGAGACCGAUUUGCUCCGGAUCAGACUCCUGUCCACUUUGUCUUACUGUAGCUGCGUUAAGUGCCGCAAACACGAGAAAACAAACCGCAGGAAAAUCGAGUGUCUGUCUUGAAAACUGACCCUACGUCAGGUCAGUAGCUCUGUCUUAUGCUAUGUCCAUCCAUUUGUCAUUUUGUCAUGGUUUCCUGUAAAGACCCGUCAAUUCUCCAUUGACUGGUCUAAAACAACACACUGAUCGAACACCUGUUCCCCUGCACCUUCUGCACUGAGACAGAAAUUUGAAAAAAUGUAAAACUUUUGGAAAGUAAAGGUAUGAUUUGAGUUAAAUUAAAAAUUCAGUUUGUUGAACUAAACAACCCAUGUACAUAUACAUAAUGUUCUUCUUUCCUCCACCACCUCGGUCAGUCAGAGGUGUGACUCCAGAUCACCGCUGCUGAGUUUUUUUUUUCCGUUACACUUUGGCGUUGGGUGCAAAGGGAUUUUUAUAGACAUGGUGAAAAUCCUUUAUAGACCUUGCACCAAAUAUUCAUAAUCGAGCUUACAGACUGUGAAUGGGACUCGCCACAUCAUUUGACCAUUGGGCUCAUUUCUUUCCGUGAAAAGCACCCCAGAAGUAAACCUGCUGUAUUGGCACAUCUCUUCCUGUAUUGACCAUUCAGAGGGGAGGUGGUUACUGCUGGUUUUUAACAGAGACGCCUAGUCUCUAUAACCAGAUUCUCAAAUGUUCUUGGGAGUCAGGGAGGUUGGUCUGUCAUUUUGUUUACAAAUGUUUGGGCCAAAAAUAAAUCCUGAUCCUGGCCGAAAACGAACAGCCCAAUACCUUCACCCCAAGCCGAUCUUGAGAUCCGUUACCCCCUCUCCACACCCACGCACUCACACACCACCCACACCCCAGCUCCAUUGUCCUAACUGAAGCAAGGCUGAAGCUUCGAACUGCCUCACCCUUCCCUGUAGUUGGAACUCUUUCACCAGCUGAGUUCAAACUGCUGGUAGUUCAGACUCCUUGUUUCUGUUCUCUCUCAAAAUGGAGGCUGCAUAGUUUCAGCGAUGUUUUCAUAAAUUACCUGUUCUUUUAUACAAUACUUAAUGUUAGUUUACCUGUGUUUUUUUUUUUUCCAAUGUAUGAGUUUUCCAAAUUAAUUUAUUUAUGAUGGUGUAUAUUUAUUCAUUUGUAUUUUUAUUUUUGUAUGCUAUUUUUUUUUUGUUUUAAUAUUUUUAUUUUGGGGGAUAUUAUUUUUUUAUUUUCGUAAGUUGGUCACGUACAUUGUUGUGUUUCCUGAGGCAGGAAAGGAGAAAUCGGCAUAUGACCAAAGUGUGUGUAAAAAUCAGGACCAAUGGCCACGCCCAGUCAGGGUGCUCACCUCAUGAACACACUGAGAAAAUAAAUAGCGUUAAAACAAUUUGAAUUUAUUGAUAGGAAAUAAAAAGUAGUUCCCCCAAGUAUUCGCUUUUCAAAUGUGUUGCCCUGACUGCUUUUUUCAUAGCUGUCUACUUGAAUUAAAGUUUAUAUUUGUUAAAGCAUUCAGUCAGUGAUGGACUGGCUUUAUCUUUUUCUGCUCGCGUAUGCUGUUGUCUGCAGCCGGAAUGAACAGGAAGCCUAGAUAAGAGCACAGACCCCGACCUGUAUGGACACAAUCAUUUGAUGUCUGUAACAUGAGACAGAUUCAAAUUAUUUCCGUUUUUUUGUUUGUUUGUUUUUCAAGUUUGUAAAUAAAAUAAAAUAUUUUGAAUGCCGUUCUUGGCGCAUUUACUCUGUGAAACACCUUAGCCCCAGAACCAGUAGCAUAACGGAGUCACAAGGGCCUUAAAAUGUGGCACAAGGGUCAUAGCAGAGGAAGAACAAUUGUACAGUUCCACCUUAGAUUCUUUUAGAUUAUAUCUGUGUAGAUAAUCAUCUUGGCCAUGCAACCCAUGCAUUUUAAAUAGUUUUUAGAAUAAGCUUGAAUAGUCAUGCUUUAAAAUCUACCAAAAUGGCCCCUUUUAGGUUGCAGAAAGCAUUGGUUAUGGUUAGCCUGACUAUGAAUGUUUGACACAAGACAUUACACUGCUGUAGAAUUAAAUAUUAACCAAAAACAGCUUUCUUUUUCUAAGUGGAUUUAAUUUUAUACCAAGAACAACAGAUCAGUGAUUACAUUGUUUUUUUUCUCUCUCUUUUUUAUGCUACCUUGAACCCUUGGGAAAAUUUGUUCAACACAAAAAGCUGUACGAAUGGCUAUUUUCCAUCUCACCAUCUCUGGCGAAUGACCGUAGCACUGUAUCUCAAGUUGGAAAGACACAUCAGAAGUGUUUAAUCAGCCCUGAACACACUAUAGUAUAGCAGAUGGUAAACCAGUGCUCCUGCAUCUGUUCCAUCGUCUGUCCUGCAGGUGGCGCUCUCUGUGGCAUUGCACAAUAAUGUAAUUUUCAUAGUCUAUCACCAGCAAUUUAUUUUAACUGUUGUUGGCUAGAUGUGGAAUUGACAUCAAUCAUCCUUCAGAAUUGAGGAUAGGUUAAAAAAAGAAGAAUAUAUGUACUCUCCUAAACUGAUUUGGACUGUUUGGAGCCUGGUGCUGGUGGUCUUGUACUGGCAGUUGCCAAAGACAAUUGUAGCUGAACUUUCCUCACCAUACAGUUGCUGAUGGUUCAAACAUGUUUGACACUUCCCCUGUGACUUUUUUUUUUUUUUUGCUUUCUUUUCAAAUCCUGUGGUACAAAUAAGUGAAGUUGAAUAUCUGAAGUUGAAACCAUUGUCUUAUUUUUUUUAUCAAUGUUAAAAAAUACUUGGAUUUUUUUUUCCAACCAAACGAAUCUGUUAAAUUUGUUAAAUAUUCCAAGAGAUUUUCAUUUGGAGUUGUGUACCCCAGUGUUAACCAUCUGUGCUGCUGAAUGAAUGUUACAAAUCCAACCAGAGACUAAAUACAUCCAGACACAUUUAUUACUCAUUGUCUAUUUAGCAGCUCGUAUGCGCAUGCAGUUAGCAUUUACAUUCAUUGUGAAGGGAAAUGAGGCAUUAGCACUGGAAGUGAAUUUAAAGACUCAAUGGUGUAUUUUGUGAAUGCGUCCAUUAUCAUUUCCUAAGACUGCCGACUAAAGCUGUAGAAUUUUUCCCCAUGUUAUUGAUCAGAUAAUUAUUACUUCUAGAAGCCUUAGAUUAAAUCAUUAGCUAUGCAAGAGUUCUGUUUCAUUAUAUCUCAAGACAAAGUGCUUUUUUUUGUAACUUAUCAUGACGUUGUUACUACACUGAAAUAGAAAUAAACCUUAAAAAAAGAUAACUUUGAGGACAGACCCAACAUUUGUUUUACGUGUACAAGAGAUUGUUCGAUGUCUGUUUGCCAAUGUUGUGUAGCUUCUUCAAAGAAAUGUGGGGGCGGGGCUAGGUAGGGUGGGCUUGCUAGUGCUCCUUUGGUUCAGAUCUGUAUUGCUGUGUUUGGCUGUGUGUUCUGUAUUGUGAUCCAUACACCAUGGGGGAGGUGUGUGGAGGCCUGGAGGCAUCUCCUUUGGGGCUGUAAAGCAGUCCUACUUUUCCAUUCUGAAAACAGACCUUUCAAACAAGGGCAGGGACGUACUGUAAGGGAGAUGUCACAGGGAUGUCCCACAGGGAUGGGUUUCCAAAAAAAAAAAAGGAACUACAUAUGUUGUGAGGAAACUUGCAUUAUUUGUUUAUUUCACUGGUUCCCUUGCAGUAAUACAACAGGAUAUAUUUUUAAGCAGAGUAACAUGUUAUAAAAAGGGCAGUACUGCUACUUGCUGCCUUCUUCAGCUAAAGGAGGAGAGCCAUCCAAUGGAAAUGUUACUUACAUGCUGCUGGGUAAAGCAGUAUAUUAAAGGCCAUUGGUAUGCUAGGUCCCCUCACGCCUCCUUUGGGUCAAAAACUGCUAAUUGUGUCUUUUCUGUAUUCGUUACUUGCAGUAGACAAGUGAAGGACAUUGGUGCACACGCUGCUUAUUUGAACUGCAUACAGCACAAUUAGUGAGCAUGACCUAAUGAUGAUGUAAUGUGUUCCAAUGUUUGGAUGCUCUGAUUGGCUGUAUGUUUUCAGGCAUUGAGUGUUAAGUUCACACUGCUGCUCUUCCUGGUCUGCCAGAAUGCUUUGAUUGGGCAUGCUCCUUUAGUGGAGUUUCAGUUCAACCAAGGAAAUUAUUGUUGAUUACAUUGUAUUUUUUUGGCUCUGUUCUUGUUAUUUGUAGUAGCACUUCUGCUGUUUAGAACUUUUUUACAUUAAAAAUGUAAUGUCUA